AUGGACAGUGAAAUUGGUAUCGAGUUUGGUUCUUUAAACCUAGAUGCAGUGGACCCAGUAGCUGAUAUUACCGAUCCAAAGGCUGGACCAGUGAAAUCGGAAACCGGUGAUUAUGGUGAACGGCUUGGAAAACCGGUGACGGAUGACGAAAUUUCAAAAUUGAUUGCGUCGAACGAGAAUGCUAACACCAAGAAAAAUACCACGUGGGUUCUCAAGGUCUUCGAGGAACGGCGGGAGAAACGUAAUGGUAAUUCCGUUGAUGAAAUACCACUCUUACAUUUAAUGACGACAGAGCAGUUGAAUUUCUACUUGGGGCGCUUUAUUGUGGAAACUCGAAGAAAAAAUGGCAUUUGGUACCCCCCUCGAUCUGUUUGCCUCAUAUCGUGUGGGGUAUUGCGCCACCUCUGA